UUAAAAUAUUGUAUACUUCUCUGGAAAAAAAACAGUAAACUUGACACACUUUGAGACAAAAUAUAGUGAUGGGUAAUUUGUUGCGCAGUCAAAUUAGAGUGGUGAAAUUUUAGAACUUAGAUUAUAAUGAAAAAUUUAAAAAAUAAUUAGCCGACGCAAGUGAAAAAUUCAACACGAAGAAAGAUGGAGGCGUGUCAACUAAAGUAGACCGAAGAAACAUUUAGUCAUAAAUUUUACUUGAUUGGUAAGACAAAUGAUAUUUAAACUUUAUCAUAAAGAUGAAUGUCGCGAGAAUCGAUUACGGUGGGGAUCGAGACGCAGAUGAUGGUACUGUAAAGAUAGGUCAGUUUGCGUCACCGAAACCAGAUAAAGUAAACUUGCAUCGAAAGCAGAGACAAUUAAUUUUUUCAACCUUAAUUUGGGGAUUUUUUGCUCUUAUCAGUAUCGCUAGCACCUGUUUUAUAGUUGCAGAAGUUGCGAUACAUCUGAGUCCAAGAACAGUCAAUUUUAUCAACGGUAUUGGAAGUGUACUUAAGUAUAUAAAUAUGCAUCAACACACUGAUAUACCUUUCCGGUUGACACCGUUGAUUCGCCCAUUGAAGUAUGACAUUUUACUUAUUCCCGAUUUGGAUGCCGAGAAAUUUCGUGGUGAAGUAUCGAUACAACUUGAAAUUUCCGAAAAACAAGACCUCAUUAUGUUGCAUCAAAAAGCACUGAACAUUAGUUCGGUUGACUUGAUCGCAAAUAUUAGAAAAAGCAAGAUGCCUUUGGAAAUUGAAACUAGUUACGUCGUAGAGGAGAAGGAAGUUUUCGUAAUAAAACCCAAGAGAGUUUUGGAUGUUGGAUUUUACGAUUUACAUUUAACCUUUUGCGGAUCUUUAAGUGAUAAAAUUGUGGGAUUUUAUUCCAGUAAAUACAAAAAUCAAUUGAAUGAAACACGAACCAUUGCUACGAGUAAAUUUGAGCCAACUUAUGCCAGAAGAGCUUUUCCGUGCUUCGAUCAACCCGAAUUCAAAGCACAAUUCAGUAUAAAAUUAGUACAUCCCAGGGAAAACUGCUACAGUGCUUUGUCAAAUAUGAACGUGAAGAGCAUUGACGUUGGAAAACCGAGUGAAGAAUUAACAACAGUGACCUUUGCUGACAGUGUUCCGAUGUCAACUUAUCUAGUUUGUUUCAUAGUUAGUGAUUUCGUGGGUGUGACCAAAAAUGCACAUGGAUUGAAUGGAAAAACAUUUCCAAUCAGUGUUUAUACUACUAAACAACAAAAAGCCAAAGCUACUUUUGCAUUAGAUGUUGGUGUUAGAACAAUUGAGUAUUACAUUAAUUUAUUCGGAAUCGACUAUCCGCUCCCAAAACUCGAUAUGGCUGCUAUUCCCGAUUUUGUUUCUGGAGCAAUGGAAAAUUGGGGCAUGGUCACCUAUAGAGAAUCUAGACUCCUGUACGAUGAAAAAACAACGUCUAUCGCUAAUAAGCAAGAUAUUAUUCACGUAAUCGCCCACGAAUUCGCGCAUAUGUGGUUUGGAAAUUUAGUGACCAUGGCUUGGUGGAGUGAUCUGUGGUUGAAUGAAGGUUUUGCGACAUACGUAGAAUUUAAAGCAGCUGAUAAACUAUUUCCAGAAAGCAAUUUCUUGGAUCAUUUUCUAUUCGAUAAAUUAAACCCAGCGCUGGUUAUGGACUCAAAAGCCAAUUCACAUCCUAUUAUUCAAACAGUCAAUAACCCAGACGAAAUUAAUGCUAUUUUCGACCAAAUUUCCUAUCUCAAGGGUGCUUCUUUACUUCGGAUGAUGGAAGGUUUCAUCGGGGAAAAUAAUUUCUACGAAGGAAUAACUAAGUAUUUGAGGAAAUAUGCUUACAAAAAUGCCGAAACUUCCCAUCUCUUUGCGGAGUUGGAUAAAACAUCAGAUAACGAUAUCAACGUCAAAAAUAUAAUGGACACGUGGACAUUGCAAAUGGGCUAUCCAGUAGUUUUUGCCAAACAAUCCGAUAAAAAUACUUAUAUUCUAACUCAAAAAAGAUUCUUAGUCGGUUCCGAUCCGAAAAAAACGCAGUCUCCAUUUGAUUACAAGUGGACCAUACCGAUCACAUAUGUAACAAAUAAACAGUCAACUCCAGUUUUGGUUUGGUUCGACAAAGAUGCACCUUAUCUGGAAAUCAAGAUCGACGAGCCUAUCGAUUGGAUCAAAUUCAACGUUGAUCAAGUAGGCUUUUACAGAGUAAACUAUGAUCAAGGCCAAUGGGAAAAAUUGAUUGAUACUUUGCAAUGGAGUCACAAAAGACUUUCUUCAAGAGAUAGAGCCCAUUUGCUGGAAGAUAUUUUCAGUUUGGCCGACGUUGGAGAAGUUGAAUGGUCAUCAGCAAUGAAUAUGACAGUGUAUUUGGGAAGGGAGAAAAAUUUGGUUCCAUGGAAAAUAAGUGCGACUAAAUUAUCUAAAAUUAAUCGAUUGCUCUAUGCAGAUGCAAAACAUUUUUCUACUUUAGAAAAAUACCAGGAUUACGUAAGAGAAUUGGUCGAUGGUAUUUAUCAUGAAGUGUCAUGGAACGUCGAUGCAGGUGAUACGGCAGAAUUUUUGAAUCUGAGAGUGGCUGUUCUAGGACUUGCUUGUGCAGUUGGACAUAAAGAAUGCAAAGAAGACGUUGGUGCAAUGUUCAAAGCUUGGAUAAAUGACGAAGAAGAUGUUCGUCCUCAUCCUGAUAUCCGAUCCCUCGUAUAUUACUAUGGCAUGAAAUAUGCUGGAGGUGAAAAAGAAUGGAAUGUCAUGUUCGACAGAUUUGCCAAAGAAACGGACGCUGCCGAAAAAGCUAAACUGAUGAACGGAUUAUCAGCCGUGCAAUCGAGUUACAUUUUGAAAAAAUUCAUCGCUCUCUCCACGGAAGAGAAGUACGUGAGAACCCAAGACUUCCUCGGCUGCCUGUCCAGCAUAUCCAACAAUCCCGAGGGCGAGAGCCUGAUCUGGGACUGGGUGCGCACCAACUGGCCAUUCCUGGUGAAGCGUUACACGCUGAACGACCGAUACCUCGGCCAGCUCAUACCCGCCGUUACGAAGAGCUUCGCCAGCUUCGAGCGUGCCAAGGAGAUGGAGGCCUUCUUCGAGCAGUAUCCGGAGGCCGGCGCGGGCAAGCAGUAUCGGGGCCAGGCCAUGGACACGGUGCUGGCCAACAUCGACUGGGUCGCGCGCUCGGUCAGCGAUAUCGAUCAGUGGCUUAGCUCGAGACCGAAAUUACUGGUCACCAGUUAAAAAUAAAAUUAUAAUAAUAUAUAAAAACAUCAUAAUGCCUUCGACAUUUCUUCUUUUUUUUUUGUA